AUGGCAGAAGUUCAUGCUCAACAGAAAGAUUUUUCGGACAAAGAUCCCAGAUUCAUAGAUCAUGUGGAGCACGUCGCCGCCAGUUCAGACGAUGAAGCGAACGAGAAAGGCACUAAUGGCCAAGUCAUCCGUGACUGGACACCUGAGGAGGAGAGGAAGAUUGUAUGGAAAGUCGAUCUCCGAGUCUUCCCUAUGCUAUGCAUCGUCUUCGGCCUGUCCCUGCUCGAUCGAAGCAAUAUCAGCGCCGCCUAUAUCGCCGACAUGGAUAUCGAUCUCAGCCUGACAGGGUCUCGCUACAACAUUGCUCUGCUUGUCUUCUUCAUUGGAUAUGGCCUUUUUGAGCUGCCGUCAAAUUAUGUCAUCCGACGCAUCGGAGCCCGAUGGUGGCUAUCGUUCUUGAUCACAUCAUGGGGAGCAUGCGUUCUCGGCAUGGGCUUUAUUGAUCACUGGAGCAUGCUUACUUUACUACGUGCCCUUCUAGGUGUCUUUGAAGCUGGAUUAUUCCCAGGAGCGAUCUACAUCAUAGGAUCAUGGUAUCGCCAGUUCGAGACCGCUCGACGUAUCUCAAUCUUCUACAUGGCUUCUCUCAUUUCCUCAGGCUUUGGACCCAUCUUCGCUUACGCAUUGUCACUCAUCUCCGUUGGUAACGGAAAGUACCAACAAGGCUGGAGAUGGAUCUUCAUCAUCGAAGGGAUUGCCACAAUAGUCGCAGGACUCGUCUCACCAUUCUUCCUGAUCGAGUUUCCCGAACGCGUCAAGUUCUUAGACGAUCGUCAGAAGCACAUUGCCUUGGAACGUGUCAAACUUGAGAAGGCCGGCAAAGAAGUCAUCCAUCUGACAGCAAAGGAAACAUUAAAAACGCUCAUCGACUGGAAACUGGUGCUAUACAUGCUCUGCUACUUCGUGGCCGCAAGCAGUGUUUACUCCCUCGCAUUCUUUUCCCCGAUCAUCCUUCGCCAAGGCAUGGGCAUGACCUACACCGAAGCCCAACUUCUCAGCUCCCCCCCUUACGUCUUCGCCAUCAUCGCCUCAAUCGCCAUGGCCUGGGUAUCCGACAAAAUCAAAAUGCGAUGGCCAAUCCUCAACUUCCAAGCUUUAGUCGCUAUCAUCGGUCUCCUAAUCGUCCUCUACGCCGGACCUCCUGGUGUACGAUACUUCGGCCUCUUCCUCGCCGUCUACGGCACUCAAGCAAAUAUCCCCGCGACACUCACAUAUGGUCAGAAUCAGACAUCUCGCCUCGAAAAGAAAGGCGUCGUCGCAGCCGCGAUGAUCAGUGCCGGCGCUGUGGGUGGAGUCUGCGGAUCUACAAUUUUCAGAAGCCAAGAUGCGCCGCAAUACUUACCUGGAAUGUGGGCUACGAUUGCUAUGCAGUUCGUUUACAUCAUCAUCACUUUCAGUUUGUCUAUGUAUUUUAAGAAGCAGAACAAGCUGGCGGAUCAAGACAGGAAGAUCUUAGAGGGAGUGGAAGGGUUUAGAUAUGCUCCGUGA